CAAGCACUAUUUAAGAGAUGCUGAGACUGAGGCUGAUCACAGUCAGUCAUGGGUCGUCCUGGAAUUCAGCUGCAGACAUGGACACUGUGUGUCCUCUUGAGCUGGAUGUGUGUGGGUUUAACAGAGGCAAGACCGCAGUAUAUGGUCACCAUUCCUGCGGUUAUGGAAGCUGGAGCUGAGACCAGAUUCUGUGUGAGUCUCCUGCAGUCAACUGAGACUGUGGACAUGACUGUCACUCUGAUGUCCAAUGUGGAGAACACAACUCUCCUCAAGCAGUCAACCGACAAAGACCUCCAUCAAUGCAUUUCAUUUACGUCUCCUACAGUGCAGGAUACAGAGGUGCAGACAUUGGAGGUGGAGGUACGAAGCAACAGAUAUCACUCAAGAGAAGUCAGGAAAGUCAUGUUCAAAGCCUAUCGACCAAUGACAUUCAUCCAAACAGAUAAACCAAUCUACCUUCCUGGACAAACAGUCAGUUUCAGAGUCCUUUCAAUGGAUACCAAGUUCAGACCUGUCAAUAGUGUGUACAAUAUCAUUGAAAUUGAGGAUCCUCAGAGCAACCGGAUUGGACAGUGGCAGAAUGAAACAUCCGAUAGUAAAAUACUGCAGUUUUCUUACUCCUUGAACUCUGAGGCCCGUGAAGGAGUCUACCAAGUUAUUGUGACGUCUGGUGAAGUCAAAUUCUACCACAGCUUCAAAGUUGAGAAAUAUGUUUUGCCUAAAUUUGAUGUAACAUUGAAAGUACCUGAUGAAGUAAGUAUUGAAGAGGAAGACAUCACAGUUGAUGUAUGUGCAAAGUACACAUUUGGACAGCCUGUGCCAGGGAGUGUUAAAUUUGAGAUGUGCAGACCUUUGAGUCACUAUAUUAGACAUACUUUUAGAAUAACCCCUGAAGGGGGAGUCCCAGACAUCGAUGCCCCAUGCCACAAGGAGACAAAGCAGAUGGAUAAGAAAGGCUGUGCCACUUUGACCAUCAAGAUGUCCACUUUAACAAAAAUUGGCGAAAAGGCAGUGCAAGAUGCUUUGGAUAUCAAAGCCCAAGUGGAGGAGGAGGGGACCGGUAUUUCACACCAACAAGGGAAAAGAACAAUUAUUUCCUAUGUUCUUGGAAAGCUGUCAUUUAUUGACACACCCAAGAUUUAUGAGGAAGGAUCAACUGUGGAAGGAAAAGUUAAAGCAGUAUACCAUAAUGAUACACCCAUUGCUGACAAGCCACUCUACUUGUUUGAGGGACGAGGUUGGUCACAACAACAGCACCAGAAUCUCACAACUGACAGCAAUGGUAUUGCUACUUUCUCAUUCAGCCCAGCUACCUUCCAAAGGGACAUCUACCUCACUAUCAGCACCGAACCAACACGGGGGUACCGCCAGUAUAGAACUCCAUACUAUAAGGCUGGAGAACACACAUUGUCUUUGAUGGAAGAGGCAUCCCCUGAUACAAAGUCAGUGAGCUUCCUGGAGGUGAAGAAGAAGGAUGGAUCGCUUCCCUGCGAGUCAGAAGAGGACAUCUCCAUUAAAUACACUGUUGCUGGAGAGGCUCAUCGUUCUGCAGAUUUGAUGUAUCUGAUCUUAUCCAGAGGAGCCAUUUUAAUGCGGGGCUCUAAACAGAUUCAAGUAGAAGAUAAACCAGUGACUGAGGGUGAGGUGUCCUUUAAGUUGAAAGUGUCUCCAGAGAUGGCACCAGGGAUUGUUGUAGUGGCUUAUGCUAUCCUCCCCAGUGAGACUGUGAUGGCCCACAGUGCAGACAUAUCCACUGAGAAAUGCUUCAGUCACAAGGUAUUGCUGGAGUUUUCUCAAUCUUCAGCUGUCCCAGGGGAGGAGAGCACCAUGCAGUUGACGGCUCAGCCUGGUUCUCUGUGCGGUGUUAGUGCUGUCGACCAGAGCGUCCACAUCAAGGAGCCAGGGAAGACUGUGAAUGCAGACAAGAUUUUUGACUUAUUGCCUGUCACAAAAGCAUCCUAUAUUCCAUAUGAAGUUUUUGAUUCUGAAUCAUGCAUGCAUGUGAGACCCAGAAGAUAUGUUUUCCCCAGACGUGACCGGACAGAUGAUGCUUAUACAGUUUUCCAGAAUAAUGGGCUGAAGAUGGCAACAAAUGUAUUUAUCCGAGUGCCUACAUGCGUCCAGUUUAAAGGAAGAAAAUACUACUACAGCCCAUAUGGAGUCGGGUAUGGGUCACCUAAUUUUGGUGAUGUAGGUGGUCCUGGUGGUGCAGGUGGUUCUGGUGUACCAGGCCGCUCUCACGACGCUCUUCCUCCUCCACCAAUAGUGACAGUCCGCUCUUUCUUCCCUGAGACUUGGAUAUGGGACCUGGUGGAAAUCGGAGAGUCUGGAACAAAGGAUGUUCCAGUCACUGUCCCAGACACCAUCACCACCUGGGAGACGGAGGCUUUCUGUUUGUCCCCUCAUGGUUUUGGCUUGGCUCCUCGUAAAGAGUUCACCGUCUUCCAGCCCUUCUUCCUCGAGCUCAGCUUGCCCUACUCAGUCAUCCGGGGGGAGCAAUUUGAACUAAAGGCAACCGUUUUCAGCUACCAGUCCAACUGCAUGAUGGUCACUGUGACUCCAGGCCCCUCCUUAGAUUACAACCUCACUCCCCGCUCUGGUGACCAGUACACAUCCUGUCUGUGUAACAGUGGAAGAAAAACUCUCACCUGGACCAUGGUCCCUACGUCCUUAGGGGUUAUGAACGUGACUGUGAGCGCUGAGGCUGUGGCUUCUCAGGUUUCAUGUGACAAUGAGAUUGUGAGCGUUCCAGACAGAGGUCGCAUUGAUGUGGUAACACGACAACUCAUUGUAAAGGCUGAGGGAACUGAGAUGACAAAGACCCACAACUGGCUGUUCUGUCCUAAAGAGGAGACAUUGACAGCGGAUAUAGAUUUAAAACUCCCUGAGAACGUGAUUGAUGGAUCUGUCCGUGCCUCAAUAUCAGUCCUGGGUGACAUCCUGGGUCGGGCCUUGAAGAACCUGGAUGGAAUGCUGAAGAUGCCGUAUGGAUGUGGGGAACAGAACAUGGCUCUCCUGGCUCCCAACAUCUACAUACUCCAGUACCUAAAAAACACAGAUCAGCUGACCCCGGCCAUCAAGGAAAAGGCUACCAACUUCCUGACCAGUGGCUACCAGAGACAGUUGAACUACAAACAUAACAAUGGUGCUUACAGCACAUUUGGAACAGGACAGGGGAACACUUGGUUGACUGCUUUUGUGCUGAGAUCCUUUGCCAAAGCACAGUCUUUCAUCUACAUUGACCCAGAAAAGGUUCAACAGACUAAGAUUUGGCUGGAGAGUAUUCAACGCAAUAAUGGCUGUUUUGAACAGUUAGGAAGACUCUUCAAUAACAGAAUGAAGGGUGGUGUGUCUGAUGAAGUGACUCUUACUGCUUACGUCACUGCUACCUUCUUGGAGAUGGGCAUUUCCAAAGAUGAUGCUGUGGUGAAUAAGAGCCUGUCUUGCCUCAGGGAGUCCGCCAGUGAACUGGAUAACAUCUACACUACAGCUCUGCUGGCGUAUGUCUUCACCUUGACUCGAGACAUGGAGACUCGAGCUCAACUUCUGGAGCAACUAGACAAGGUUUCAUUAAAAGAUGGGGGUUUCCUCCACUGGUCUCAGUCAACAACAGAAUCAUCAACCUCUCUGUCUGUGGAGAUCAGCUCCUAUGUGCUGCUGGCUAAACUCAGUGCCUCCCCUACUACUGAAGACCUGGGCUACACCAGCCGCAUCGUCAGAUGGCUGACAGGGCAGCAGAACCAUUACGGAGGCUUCUCCUCUACACAGGACACAGUGGUAGCGCUUCAGGCUCUGGCUCUCUACUCCACUCUGGUGUUCAGUCCAGAGGGUUCAAGCACAGUGACAGUUCAGUCUCCCAGUAGCCAGAUGACAUUUGAUGUGAACCAGCACAACAAACUGCUCUACCAGGAGAAGACACUGCAGGAUGUGACAGGAAAGUACAGUCUGGAGGUGAAAGGAACAACAUGUGCUGCAAUGCAGAUUUCUCUUCAUUAUAAUAUCCCAACUCCUACUGAUGUUACUACUCUGAGUGUUGAGGUAAAACCAGAGGCCACCUGCUCCAGCACAUCCGCCAGACCUAAACUCACUCUGAAGCUAAAAUCACUCUAUAGGGGAGAGCAGUUAAGGACAAAUAUGGUGAUCCUGGACAUCAAAAUGCUCUCUGGAUUUGUCCCAAAUCCAGAGUCUUUGAAGAAGCUCAAAGGUGCUCUGCUGGUGGAUAAUGUUGAACAAGAGGAAGAUCAUGUUCUUUUGUACAUACGGGAGUUACCAAAGAUCAUGGCCAUCAACCACAGCUUAGAGCUCAUACAGGAGAUCCCUGUGCAGAACCUAAAGCCAGCCGUGAUCAAGAUCUAUGACUACUAUCAGCCAAGUGACCAAGCUGAGAUAGAAUACACCUACCCCUGUGCUUAAGCAUGAAAAAUUAAGGGUGGUCAGUCCUUGAAUCAACACUGGUUUCAGUACAAUUUCAAAUGACUUGCAUUUUAUAAUGAUACAGUUGGUGUACUUUGUGUAACUCAAUGUCGAAACAAAAAUCAACACUUGUUUCCUUGUCACUAUUUUGUCAUAAACUCUUCCAGUGAUGUAACUCCUCUAUAUGUCUGAAGUGAAAUCCUUACACAAUUUACAAUAAAAUUGAAUGUCCCAUUCAAAACAG